AUGGUUUGCACUUAUUUAGGUUACAUCGCUCUGGUGAACCUGCCUUCUCGCUCACAGGCGGGCAACAGCUACGAGGGCCAGUCUGCUACUGUCAGCGGUUGGGGUCUGACUGCCGAUAACGGCAACACGGCCAGCACGCUGCAGUACACGACGCUGAGCGUCAUCUCCAACUCGCUCUGCCAGCAGUACUACGGAGGCGUCAUCGUCUCCUCAACACUCUGCGCCACCGGCUCCAACCGACAGAGCACCUGCAACGGUGACAGCGGCGGCCCCAUGGUAAUCGGCUCGACGGGCAGCUUCACCCUGAUCGGCGUCGUCAGCUUCGUGUCGGACGCUGGUUGCUCGAGCGGCGACCCGUCCGGCUACGCCAGGGUCACCUCCUUCCUCGACUGGAUCUCCAGCACCGCCGGCGUCGGCAUCUCGUAA